GGAGAGUGAAGCGGGAGUGGGGAUGUGUCCUGUGGAGUGAGAGAGAGAGAGAGAGGGAGAGAGAGAAGUGGACGGAGACUGAAAGGUGAUGGGUCGUUAGCUGUGAAUGCCACUCUGCUUGUUGGCAUUGCCCCUCACUCCUGUCCCUCCGAACCCAGGCGCCCACCAUGGUGUACGGUCAGAUCCUGCACCGCCGUGGCCCAGACGACAGCUUCAUCAACCUGAACGUGGGCGGCUAUAAGCAGAAGGUGGCUCGGGUGGUGCUGCAGCGUUUCCCGCACACGCGCCUCGGCAAGCUGCUUUGCUGCCACUCGGAGGCGGCCAUCCUGGAGCUGUGUGAUGACUACAGUGCUGUGGAACGCGAGUACUACUUUGACCGAAACCCUCGUUUCUUCUGCUACGUGCUGAACUUCUACCACACGGGGAAGAUCCACCUGAUGGAGGAGCUGUGCGUGUUCAGCUUCAGCCAGGAGCUGGAGUACUGGGGCAUCAAGGAGCUGCACCUUGACUCCUGCUGCAGCAACAAGUUCCAGGAGCAGAAGGAGAACGCUGGAGACCGGGACUGGAAUGAGGAUGAGCCUCAAAACCACCUUCAUGAGAGUUUUGACUCAUCCAUGGAAGAGCUGUCAGCUCUGGACAAGGACCUGGAGAAAUUCGAGGGCACCUGGUGUUCGGAGAAACGCAAGCAGCUGUGGCUGCGCCUGGAAAAUCCGGCAUACUCGCGAUCAGCCAAGGUGUUGGCUGUAGUUUCCUUGAGUGUGGUGCUGAUUAGCAUCGUGGCAAUGUGUGUUCACAGCAUGCCUGAGUUCCACAAGGUUGAUGCCAAUGAGAAACCAGUGGAGGACCCGGUGCUGAACAUUUUCGAGACCAUUUGCAUCAUCUGGUUCACUUUCGAGUUCAUCAUACGGUUAGCCGUCACGCCUUGCUUGCGCAAAUUCCUAAGCAACACCCUCAACAUCAUUGACUUUGUCUCCAUUGUCCCGUUCUAUGCCACUUUGGCGUUUGAUAAAGUGGACCCUGAAGAGAGUGAAGAGUUGGAAAAUGUGGGGAAGGUGGUCCAGAUCCUUCGGCUCAUGCGAAUCUUCAGGAUCUUGAAGUUGGCACGCCAUUCCGUUGGCCUUCGAUCCCUCGGUGCCACCCUCCGACACAGCUAUCACGAGGUUGGACUCCUCCUCCUCUUCCUCUCUGUUGGAAUAUCCAUCUUUUCCGUGCUCAUCUAUUUCGUGGAAAAAGAGGAGGACGAGUCCGAGCUCCAGACCAUCCCUGUAGGAUGGUGGUGGGCCACCAUCAGCAUGACCACGGUUGGGUACGGGGACACAUAUCCCAUCACACUUGCUGGGAAACUCAUCGGCACCCUUUGCAUCAUCUGCGGCCUGCUGGUGGUGGCUCUACCCAUCACCAUCAUCUUCAACAAAUUCUCUAAGUACUACCAGAGACAGAAGGCUCUUGUUGAGUCGGACCAGUUCGGAUUUGAAGGGAAAGGGCCUAUCCCUGGGAUACCUUUCUUCAACAUGAAGGACUUGUAUGCCCAAGGGGUUAACUCUCUCCUGGCCAGUCUGUCUUCCAGGAGCAGUGUGGCGAGUGGAGGGGAUGCCACAGAUGCCUCCAGCAUUCAGGACAUUGAGACUGUCUGCCCAGCAGGUCUCGCCGAGACUGGAGAGGAGACAUGAAUUAAGGGAAUAGUUUGGUGAGAAAUCAAAUUGACACAGUUUCCAGAUUUCCACAAAUGUAGUCAGGCAAGACAUGUUUGGUGUCCAAAGUUUGAUUCUUUGGUUUUGCACUGGAGCAAUGAGGCUAAUUAACUUGCUGGCGUUGUCCACACGCUUGCAUCACACACUUACAUCAAACUGUGUAAAAUUAUUAAGCAAUCACCAAUAAACUUGCUUAUGUGAUUUCUGUCACUGAAUGACAUAAUGCAGUCUAUAAAAACAUGUAAAGGUACGCUGUGAAGCUAAAAACAUUAGCAGCCAUCUUGAAGCCUGAACGUCGUCUAUACUUUGUCCAGACUGCAU